GGUUUUGGCUCCCGUCUUCUCUUUCUACGGACUUCCGCCCACGCGAAGAGCCGAAGCGUUGAUUACCAUGGCCGACAAAACCCUCGCUUACUCAGCCGCCACCGUCGCCGUCGCUGGCGACAAGGAGGAGAAGGCUUAUAAGCAAGACUCGGCUGACGGCGAGGAGGAAAUGGCCUUUGAGGAAGCCAUCGACGGUGGUGAGGAGGAGACGGCAUAUAAAGAAGCCGCCGUCGACGUUGAGGUGGAUAGUGCCGAUGAGGAGGCCGCUGUCACCGCCGGCGACCGCGACGCCGCCGUCGAGCUCCUCGAGGAGAUCCGGGCGCUCAAGGAUGAGCGGUCCGAUCUCCAGCGCGAACGGGCUAAUCUCCUCCGCGACCUGUCCGACGCCCGAACGAAGCUUGCCGGCGCUGAGUCUGACCUUAAGACUGUCGCCGGCCAGGCCAGCCGCCUCGAGGGCGAGGUCCGCAUCAUUCAAGACGAUCUCUCCACCGCAAACAUCGUCUCUAUGGAGCAGGAGGAAAUGGUCCGCCGCCUCGAGGGCGAGCUCCGCAUCGCACAAGACGGCCUCUCCACUGCGCACAUCGCUGCUAUGGAGCAGGAGGAAAAGGUCCGCCGCCUCGUGGGUGAGCUCCGCAUCGCACAAGACGACCUCUCCACUGCGCACAGCGCCGCUGUGGAGCAGGAGGAAAAGGUCCGCCGCCUCGAAAGUGAGCUCCGCAUCACACAAGACGACCUCUCUACUGCAAACAUUGCCGCUACUGAGCAUGAGGAAAAUGUCCGCCGCCUCAAUAACUCCAUCAAGGACCUCGAAGCCAAGUUCAAGGUCAAGAUCAACGACCUGGAGACCACGGUCAAGGUUCUCGAGGAGGAACUCAGGGUAUCCAAGCAGAAAGAGAGGGAUGAGGCGGAGAAGUUUGCCGCUGUGGAAGAGGAGUUGAUGACUAAGAUCGCUGAAUUAAGGUCUACGGUGGAGAUCGAUAAGGAGGAAAAGGCCUUUGAAAUUGAUGGCAAGGUAGAUGCUGGGGUCCUUCCUGUGCACUCCCAGGCGCUGCGGACGUCGGCCGUGAUUGGAAUUGUGGCCUUGGCGGCAGGGGCUGUAGUGUGUCUUCAGCUCGCAAAACGGAGGUAGAAUUGGAGUGAGGGUUCGUGAUCUAUCUGACUGCUUUCUGCUGAUAAUUUUUGGCCUCUGCUCUGUUCUUUUUCUUGAUUCUCUAUCUUGUCAGUCCAAAAUCUUCUCACGGUAGUUUGAUUGGGCUAAAUGCUCUUUUACAUCCUGUCAAGCAAUUCCACAGUAGUUCUGGAAUCUUUCAUGAUCGGACUAGAUAGGUUCAUGGAGUGGGAUUUAGCAGUGGUUUCACUAAGGAGUUAUAUCAACGUUAUUCAGGUUGAUGUUUCUUGUGUUGUUCUGUCGAACGUGUAGUAUGAUUCUUGCAGCAAAACUGUUCUUGCUGAUAGCUACACUUCAAAAAGCUUGAAUCUUUUUGUGUUGAAUGAUCUCUUAAUAAAGGACUGGUUCUCCUCUGUGUCAUCUUA